UAAUCACUAAGACUAGAAUUUUUACAUCAGUCUUCAGUGUGAUGCGACGGAAGCAAGAAGUAAUGGAGAUUAGCAUUGUCGCGUUUUUGAUUUUUUCGGCUUGUUUGACAAUUUAUCAUGGAGUCGAUGCACAACACCAUUGGAGCUAUCGUAACUAUAACGGGCCGGAGAAAUGGCCGGAAAUGUAUCCUUCCCAGUGCACUGGAUAUUAUCAAUCUCCAGUCGACAUUCGAACCGACGAGACGAGGUGUAACCUGCAGUUAACAACUUUCGGAUUUUACGAUCCACCACAGGGAGGAAAAUUUAUAGCUCACAAUAAUGCACAUUCAAUUCAAGUGGAUACAAAUGGUCAGUUUUUCCUCGCAUAUGGCGGUCUCCAAGACAGAUACAGAAUUAGCCAGUUACAUUUCCACUGGGGAAGUUCCAAUGACAAAGGAUCAGAACAUAAGAUUAAUGAUGAAGCUGCCCCGAUGGAGAUGCACAUUGUAAGCUGGAACGUGGAUAAGUACAGUAGUAUGGCAGAGGCAGUCACAAAACCAGAUGGGCUAGCAGUUUUAUCUAUACUAUUUAGGGUUUCAUAUUAUGAUAACCCACUACUAGAACCACUUGUACAAGUCAUUCCAUACAUUAGGGACCCGGAAUGGAACAACAGUGUAGAAAUUCCAUGUGUAGCAAUAAGCGCAUUUUUGCCAAGGUGUCCUGAAAAAUACUACAGAUACCAUGGAUCACUGACCACCCCACGAUGUUACGAAAGUGUUACCUGGACCGUGUUUAAAGAAAAACAAACAAUAUCAGAAAGACAGUUGUACUAUUUCCGCUCAGCACUGAUGGCACAUACGACUAAAGAAUUUCCAAUACCUCAUACGCCGCACACCAUCGUCAAUCCCAGCGGUGAAAUACUGGACCUCUUAGUGGAUAACGCCAGACCAACACAACCUUUGAAUGGAAGAGUAAUCGAAAGAAGUUUCCCGUAUCUGGACGUGGUGUAAAUCAACGGACGAAAUGUUCUUCUGAAUAUUUACUCAAGAAUCUGUGUCGUACAUGAUUUAGACACGAUACCUCUUCAAAUUCUACGAAAUACAGUUUGCAACAUUUGA